GCACGAACCGCAGCCAGCCAGUGCAGCAGGAGGAUCGUUCCGCGUAAGGACACCCAUACCCACAUCAUUCAACCCCGUGCUCGAUCAUCGCGUACUUAGUACCAGCACCGCUGCCAACGGAAAACUCCCAGAAAUCUCCAAUCUCACGAAAAUCCAACGAGUGUGUGUGUGUGUUAGUGUGUGUUAACGGUGCAGUUGUGCAGGUUUUUGCUCCGUUGCUUGCCGGUGGCCCAGGUCGUGCACGCUCCGAUCUCUUGUCCGCGAUAAUGUUGGCCGGCUCGCAAGCGAAACCGCCGGUGUGCGUAGCGCUCGCGCUGGUACUGCUGGGUGUCACCGUACAUCUUGCCGGCGCGGAAGCGCCCGAGUUUGAGUCGGUGGGACGGGUGAGCAAGCGGGGCCCCACCGUCGGACUGUUUGCGUUUCCGCGCGUCGGCCGCAGCGAUCCGGAGCUGAACCUCGACUGGGAGUCGUCCGCCAUGCUGCCGCUGGAGACUGCCGACGACUACGAAGACUACCCGAUGAAGGAGAUGAAGCGGCAGGGACUGGUGCCGUUCCCUCGCGUCGGCCGCUCGGGCAAAUCGGAGCUGGCAAUGGCGGCCGCACGGUACUGGCAGGCGGCCCGUAACCUCCAGCAGCAGCAGCAGCAGAGCGUCGUGAAGCGGGCCGGUGGCACGGGUGCCAACAGCGCCAUGUGGUUCGGACCGCGGCUGGGCAAACGGGGCCGCUUCGGUGUCGCCGCAGCGAGCGGUAGCAGCGAGCAGCAGCAGCAGGUUAAGGCGGAACAGCUGUAAGCGUCACCUGUGGACUUGUCAUCUGUACGCAUUCACCUGCACCCUCCUCUAUUUCCGGUUCCACUGUUUCACGUGUGUGUGUGUGUGUGUGUGUAGCUGAACACUGUUCCCUGUUGAUGUUUCCUUGGAUAGAGAGAUGAAAUAGAAAGAAACAAUGUAAUCCUUAGGCUACAACCCAACCAAAGCAAAGGGCUAAGAUAUUGUCCUCAAUGUUCACUGUCCUCAGAUGUUGCUGAGUGUUACAUUUAAAGAUACGUUUUGUUAUUCUGUUACUACUACUGCUGAACGUGCUUGAAGGAUGCUACAAGUUGGCAGCUUGAACAAAAAAAAGUCUAUUCGUUGAUGUAAUUAGUUUCCCAAUCAACCAAUAUCCAAGUCCAUUAUGUUACCCUCAUAAAAUCUGCUGGAACUGGAUCUUGCAAUGUCUGGAGCAAGCUCUGGGCUACUAUUGGACCGCACCAUCCUGAAUUCGAGCGGGUCCUCGGGGCUCGGGAGAGUACAAAUUCGCGAUGGAAAAUGACGUUGCAGGCUGGCGGGCAGCUGAAGGAAUGGGCCUGCUGGUGCAGCCCGAUUCCCCCAGUUGCCUGACGUUGUUUUCCACGCUCGCAGCGCGCUCACCGACGCCCCACCGACCCUGUACUGCUGUACCGACAUUAACCGAGCGACCGACGCUACCUGGUAGACCUGGUUUACUUUAAGUUACCCACCAAUAGACACACUAGAUGGUCUCAACCCGACAGGGAGUCUUCAGUAUCAGAGUCUUGUGUGUUGCAUCAACAGUAGUGGCAAAAUGGUGGAUUUAGCAAGAAGAAGAAAAAAAAGGCAAAUUGUAUUAUUACUAGCUAACAGCAAACUGCAGAUGGCAGACAAGAAAAUUGACAAAAAAAAACGACACAAAACACACCGAUAAAACCGUUGUU